AUGCCACCCUUGACUGGAGUUCAUCCCGGCGAUGCAGCGAUUACUCCUCAGGAGGUCGAGGCAGGCACCCACAAAGUAUACAGAGGGCCUUCUUCAACUGGUUGCCUCCUUAGUUCACAUGUUGCAGAGAAGGGAGAUAUUGCUCGCUCUGCAUGGUAUCGAGUUCCACUUGCGUCGAGGGCACCAGCGGCAGUGGCAGCGACAGUACCAUCACCGGCGGCACCCCCUCUAGUGGUAGGGAGGAUAGGUAGACAGGCCCCAGUACGCAGCCGAGAUGAGUGUCGAGGUCAAGACAGGGGCAGAGGUGCUCGGAGUCAGAGCAGCUCAGAGCCGUUGUUGAGUGGGGAUAAUACUGAGACCAGCGACUCCGAGGAGGCGGUGAGUCGACACUCUAUGUCUGAGAGCAGUGACGAUGAUGUAAGCUCGGGAUCAGAGAGCGAAGAGGAUACCGAGGCUAGUUUUGAGUCUGGAAGCGGAGAUACUGGCACUGGCUCCGGCCCGGAGUUAGAUUCUGGUAGUGGCGCUAAUGGAGACAGUGCCCCUGAGUCCCCUCCGAGGAAGAAGACGAAAAGGGCCUCUCAAGCUUGA